AGUUAAAAGCGUUCCUCCGAGCCAAGGGACGGUGACUCGUGGUUCAAAAGAAACCUGAGUCCGCAAACAUCGGAGCCAACCUGGGUGACAUCCGCGCUCGUUUGCGAUUAGUCGCUCAUUCUAUUCAGAUAAAAGGACUUGUGUUCCUCAUAGUUUGGUUUACGUUAGCUUAUACACUUAUUUUGUAUUUAACGUAAACGUAGCGCGUUGUGAGAAAUGGAGGAACUUGACAAGGAACAGAUCAAUAUCCUUAAAAAGGCGUUCGAAGCUUUCGACCAAGAGAAGAAAGGAUGCAUCGGGACAGUAAUGGUUGGAACUAUCCUUGGCAUGUUAGGACACCAUGUCAGUGACGAUAUGCUCAAAGAAAUUAUCCAGGAAGUCGAUGUUGACGGAUCUGGAGAAUUGGAAUUUGAAGAGUUCGUCACGCUGGCAUCCAGAUUCAUGGUUGAAGAAGAUGCCGAGGCUAUGCAACAAGAACUCAAAGAAGCAUUCCGGUUAUAUGACAAAGAAGGUAACGGUUACAUAACGACAACCGUGCUUAGAGAAAUCCUUAGGGAAUUGGACGACAAAAUAAGCGCCGAAGAAUUGGACAUGAUGAUUGAAGAAAUUGACUCCGAUGGCUCCGGAACUGUUGAUUUUGACGAGUUCAUGGAGGUAAUGACUGGUGGAGAUGACUAAAUAAUGUAAAAAUAUAUUUCGAUUUUAUCAUAAUUUGUUUAUAACAUAGAGGACACGAAUAUGGAAGAAGAAUGAAUCGAUAUCAACUAAAUUAUAUACCUCCUAAGUAUAAUAAGUUAUUGUUAAGUUGUUAUUAAAAUCGAAGAUAACCGGUU